AAAUAAUUAAACUAUUAUUGACUCGAUAUUUAAUAGGUCGGCUUUAUCAAGUCGAAUAUGCCAUGGAAGCAAUAUCCCAUGCUGGUACCGCGUUGGGUAUCCUGGCAUCAGAUGGCAUUGUGAUAGCUGCCGAAAAGAAAGUGACUUCUAAAUUACUUGAACAAACCACCACAAGUGAAAAAAUUUAUUUAUUAAACGAGUAUAAAUUCUUAACCUCUCAUUACGCCGAUGCCAAUUACCUUAUAAACUACUCUCGUCGAUCUGCUCAAGAGUAUUUAUAUACUUAUGGAGAAGACAUUCCUGUUGAACAGUUGGUACAAAGAUUGUGUGAUUUAAAACAAGGAUAUACACAAUACGGAGGUAAUAACAAAAUAUCAUUAAAACUUUUUGUAAAACUUAAAGAAAUAGAAUAUAGAAACAAUAUAAUUACAACCCAAUCAUUGCUAAAACAAGAUUAUAAGGAUGAAAUUACUCUUAAAGAAGCAAGAGAAUUGGCGGCGAAAGUUUUAAGCAAAACUAUGGAUUCUACCACUCUUAAUGAAGAAGGAAAAGUUUCAUAUCAUCUUUACAAACCAGAUGAAAUUGACUCUUUAUUGAGAGAACAUAAUUUAGGAGGCACGCAAGAUACGGAAGAAAGACCAACAACUACUUAG